CAUUGGUCUGUAGAGCUCCAGAGGACAGCCAUUCACCAUGUCGACGAUUCUCCGGACGCUUCGCAAUUUGCGCAGCAUUGGCCUUAAGGAAUAUGGCCACCAAAUCCAGCACAUAGGUGACACCAAGCGCGGUACUUUGAUCGGCAUGGACAGCUACGGAAACAAAUACUUCGAGAACAUGGAGGAGGAAUUGCCUCUACGGACACGAUGGGUGGACUACAAGGACUGGGAGUUUGACCCAUCACAAAUAGAGCCAGGCUGGCACGCAUGGAUUUCAUACUCGAUCGACAAGCCACCGAGCGAGGAUAAGCUCCUCCAGCGUGGUGUCCGCGCUUGGGAGCCGACGGCACACCGACCUGUGUUGACCGCUACCCGAAGCGCAUACAAGCCGUACAGCACGGUCAAGAACAAGUUCUCCGCCUGGACACCAGUCGCUGCGCCGCGAUGAGUGUGACGCAAGUGCGGCAGUGAUGCAUUGGUGAAUGACAAUACGUUGCAUCUGGGGAUGAUUUGCUUUGUGGCAUACAUAGACGAUAGUCGGGAAAGGAAGAAGUUUCGCAUGUCUGGUUUACUUUGUGUACAAACAAAAACUGUAGCAAAUCAUUCUGCAUCUCAACCAUCACUACUCAUCAUGAUGUUCGUCAAUCAGAUUGGACAGGGCCCCGGGGCCAUCGGUGUUUGACCGCAUGUCCGAUACAUCUCAACAAGCUAUCCAACAACCGAUCAUAACUCGCUCAAGAGAUCAAUCAAC